CAUUCACCCGCUCGCAGUGUGUGCUCGAACGUUACAGUGUCCACUCCUCCUGUGCAAGGACUUACAGUUUACCAUGAAUUCACGGUGUUUAAUAGUGCUAGCUGCCGCCCUCGGCGUGGCGGUCGCUCAGGAGACGUUCAAAUGCCCGGACGACUUCGGCUUUUAUCCUCACCACAUUUCCUGUGACAAAUACUGGAAGUGCGAUAAUGGAGUAGCUGAGCUGAAGACCUGCGGAAACGGUCUCGCCUUCGACGCUUCCGACUCAAAGUACCUCACCGAGAACUGCGAUUAUCUCCACAACGUUGAGUGCGGAGAGAGGACACAGCUCGAACCUCCAAUCUCUACUACCCACUGCGAGAGGCUGUACGGUAUUUUCCCUGAUAGCGCCAAAUGCGACGUGUUCUGGAACUGCUGGAACGGCGAGGCCUCUCGUUACCAGUGCAGCCCUGGACUCGCUUACGAUAGGGAAGCCCGCGUCUGCAUGUGGGCUGACCAGGUCCCUGAAUGCAAGAACGAGGAAGUAGCGGGCGGUUUCUCCUGCCCCCCACCCGGCGAGGUGUCAAACGCCGGCUCCUUCAGCCGACAUGCCCACCCCGAAGACUGCCGUAAAUACUACAUCUGUCUCGAGGGCGUAGCCCGUGAAUACGGUUGCCCCAUUGGCACCGUAUUCAAGAUUGGUGAUGCUGACGGCACAGGCAACUGCGAAGACCCCGAAGAUGUUCCCGGAUGCGAGGACUACUACGGAGACCUGGACCUGAAGGCCAUCAGGAAGAGCGAGCUGCUGGCCGGCCUCCAUUCCGCCGACAGCCAAAGCCGCCUCAACCAGCCUAAGCAGCUGAAACCCCGUCCCCAAAAGGAGAACUAAACAACCCACCCUAAUUCCUUAACUUUUAUAAUACUCACAUCUCUAAUAAAAACUGAUUUUCUUCGCACAUCACGAGCAACCACAUACGCAAUGAAUACAGAUCCAUAGUUUUUUUCAAUAAUAUUGCUCUUGGUGUGCGAGGUCUGUUCCAGAUUGAUAGAAUUUUGGAAUGUAGCUAGUGAGGCCGAUUGAUUUGUAUUCAAUUCUAGUUGCCAAAUACUUUUCUUAAAAACAGUUUCAAGAGGCAUGCUAGGAAACUAAAAAGAACAUAUCGCGAUAGAAAUAUUUAUUUUAUGUAUUGUAUAAGUUUGAUAGCCUCACGCAUUGUCGAACCC